AUGGAGUUCCGGCAAGAUGAGUUUCGGAAGCUGGCGGGCCGCGCCCUGGGCCGCCUCCACCGGCUCCUGGAGAAACGUCAGGAAGGCGCUGAGACGCUAGAGCUGAGCGAGGAGGGCCGGCCGGUGGCUUCUGGAGGGGCCGCAGGGCGGCCGCGGCCGGUGCUGGACUGCACGUGCUGGGGGCUCCCCCGCCGGUACGUCAUCGCAGUCAUGAGCGGUCUGGGCUUCUGCAUCAGCUUUGGCAUCCGCUGCAACCUGGGCGUGGCCAUCGUGUCCAUGGUGAACAACAACACGGUGCAUAAGGGCGGCCACGUGACUGUGCAGAAAGCUCAGUUCAACUGGGACCCUGAGACCGUGGGCCUCAUCCACGGUUCCUUCUUCUGGGGCUACAUCGUCACACAGAUUCCCGGGGGCUUCAUCUGCCAGAAGUUUGCGGCCAACAGGGUCUUCGGCUUCGCUAUAGUGGCCACUUCCACUCUCAACAUGCUGAUCCCCUCCGCGGCCCGUGUCCAUUACGGCUGCGUCAUCUUUGUGCGGAUCCUGCAGGGGCUUGUGGAGGGCGUCACGUACCCGGCCUGCCACGGGAUUUGGAGUAAGUGGGCCCCGCCGCUGGAGCGCAGCCGGCUGGCCACCACAGCCUUUUGCGGCUCCUACGCUGGAGCGGUGGUUGCCAUGCCCCUUGCCGGAGUCCUCGUCCAGUACUCAGGAUGGAGCUCCGUGUUCUACGUCUAUGGGAGCUUCGGGAUCUUCUGGUACCUCUUCUGGCUCCUGGUAUCCUACGAGUCUCCGGCUCAGCACCCAAGCAUCUCCGAGGAGGAGCGCAAGUACAUUGAGGACGCGAUCGGCGAGAGCGCCCGCCUCAUGAACCCGCUCGUGAAGUUCAGCACUCCGUGGCGUCGCUUCUUCACGUCCAUGCCCGUCUACGCCAUCAUCGUGGCCAACUUCUGCCGGAGCUGGACGUUCUACUUGCUGCUGAUUUCGCAGCCCGCCUACUUCGAGGAGGUCUUCGGGUUUGAGAUCAGCAAGGUGGGCCUCGUGUCGGCGCUCCCACACCUCGUCAUGACCAUAGUCGUCCCCAUUGGGGGCCAGAUCGCCGACUUCCUGCGAAGCCGCCACAUUAUGUCCACCACCAACGUCCGCAAGAUGAUGAACUGCGGGGGCUUCGGCAUGGAGGCCACAUUGCUCCUGGUGGUCGGCUACUCUCACUCCAAGGGAGUGGCCAUCUCCUUUUUGGUUCUGGCGGUGGGCUUCAGCGGCUUUGCCAUUUCGGGCUUCAACGUGAACCACUUGGACAUCGCACCGCGCUAUGCCAGCAUCCUCAUGGGCAUCUCCAACGGCGUGGGCACUCUCAGCGGCAUGGUGUGUCCCAUCAUCGUGGGGGCCAUGACUAAGCACAAGACCCGGGAGGAGUGGCAGUCGGUGUUCCUCAUCGCUUCUCUGGUGCAUUAUGGGGGAGUCUUGUUCUAUGGCAUCUUUGCCUCCGGGGAGAAGCAGCCGUGGGCGGAGCCCGAGGAGCUGAGCGAAGAAAAGUCAGGCCUUGUCCAGCAUGAUCAGCUAGCGGCCAGUAGUGACGAGAGCGAUGGCCCCGAUGACCCUGCCUUCUCCUACGCUGCUGCCUCUGGGGAGCCCGCUCCGCCGGGAGCCCCUACGGGCCCCGGCCCAGCACUGGGUUCUGGGCCCCCGCCCUCCUACGGGGCCACCGGGAGAAGUCCUGCCCCACCCGCCUGGCCCCCAACCCCGAGGGACUACUGAUGCCCCCAUCCCAGCGUUGUCUAUCUAGGGCCCCAGGACUCCAUUCCCAGUGGUUUCCAGUUACCCACUUACCCCCAAUCCCACUUCGAUGUUUCUGCAGGGCUAUAGACGGGCAGUUUCCAGGACCCCCACCCCAAAGGCCUACCCUACCCAAAGACCUUCUUCUGGGUUUCUAGGCACCCCUUUUCCCUUUGCCUUAGUGGGUUUAAGCGCCUCCCACAGCCCCAGUAAUAAGGCUCCCUAACUUCUUUCCUUAUCAGUCAAAAGAUUCUAACAGCCUUGACGGUUUCAAGGCUAGUGCUCAGGGGCCCCUCGAAAGUCCCCCUCAUUUCCCAGGGGUUUCAAGGUCGUCCCCCCAAAAGUCUCCAGACAGGAGACUCCCCCAAAUCCCAGCCUUCGGAGAGAUUUCCGCCCAAACCUUGGGACCGGGGCCCUUCUUGUGAGUUUCAAAAUCCCUCCUACAGGAGAUGCAAGUCCCCCCUUCCUUGCCGCCCCGGCGAAUUUCUGCCAAUCGCGGAAGGGGGCGGGGCUGAUGCCCCGCCCCUUCCCCCCCAAUCCAGUCCAGGGAUUGAUUCUCACCAGCGUUUGUCAAGAGAGUAGCGGUUUCCAGCUUCACCCCCAGCCUUGCCCCGACUUCCCCCAGCUGUUUCUAGUGCCCCCUUCUAGCUGCUACAGCGUUAACUAGAUGCCGGGUUUCAAUCCUCCCCUCCCCUAUGGUAAGAAGAGUACGAUGGUCUCAGUUUCCCUACACACAAAAACCAAAAUGGGGACUUCUCGGGCUUCCUAAGGGUGGUUUCCAGGUCCCCCAGAGCCGCCUAGAUGGCGGUUUUCAGGCCCCUGCCCCGCCCCCGCCCCGCUAGGCCGAGGAGGUCUGCGGCUCCUAACUUAGUCCUCGCACUUUAUCCCAGCCCCGCCCCCAACCUUCGUGUCAGGGGUCCUCGCCGUGCUUUCCCAAGCCUCUUUCCCGGGCCUUCUGGGCCGGCGGGACUCCACGAUGGCCCGCUCCCUUCCUAGCCAGAGGCCCCCGCCUGGGGUGAGGUGGGGCGGGGCGGGGGGCACCUUGUGAGUGUGUGAGUGUGUGCCAGGUCUGGUCAAAAUAAAGUACUGUUGUGUCA